AUGGAAAGAACUGGUGAUAAUGAUUGUAUUCCUAAUAUUUUUAUUGGAACAUCUAACACAACAAAUGAUAUUUUAUUUGAAAGUGCUGGUAUUUCACAUACCUUUAGACAAGUUUCAUCAAAUUCUGGUGAAGAGGAAUACAAUAUUAAAGAGUGUAAAUCUAGAAAACAUUCAAGUAUGAUGGAUUUUUCACAGAUGAUUCGGGCUGAAAUUUUUAAAGCUAUCAAUACAAAUUGUGAUGACGAGAGUGUUGUUGAUAAACGACGCCAAGAUCCAAUGAUGAGAACACGUAAAGUAAACCUUGUUGCUCAACUUCAACAUUACUUCAAGGAGGAUGCAAUUUAUAUUAAUGAACAUUCCCAAGGAACUUCUAGUGCGGUUGUGUCAUAUUAA